UCGUGAUUUUUAAAUUAUGCUAGGUUUAAAAUUGGCAUGCGGCUUUUCUUGGCAUUGCCAAGGUCGCUUGUUAGACAAAAGCACUGGUCUUAAGGUACAGCGAUAUGCUAAAACGGCAGACGCUGUUUUGUCUUCUAAGUCAGUUUAGAGCGAAAACGCCUAGCAUAAGUUGCCAAGCAGAACCUCCCACUCACAAAACAGGGUGUAAGUUGAAAAUCAACGUUGUUUAGAAUCUUGAUCCAAAUCGUUGAGUUUUUGAUAUCCUGAUUAUCCCAGUUGUAGGCAACAGAACAAAGGCUUCGUCUUAACCUGUUUCACUGGUCAAUUUAGAGUCAAUGACUGACUUUUAAAAUCCAUACGCUGAAAGUUAGAUGACUCUUUAUGGCUAUCAAUGUUUGGGAAAUGUUCCAGCCCGUCUUCAGGAGAAACCGGCAUAACUUCUUGUUGGUGAUACGAAAGCGGGGCAUGUUGACUGUUGCAAGACGUUAUCAUGAGAGAACAGCCACCCAAACUACCGAGCAGUUCGGUGCUGUAGGAUCUCAAAUGAAGGAAACUGCUCACGACAGGGAAGACUCGAACAGGAAUAAACUAGCUAUAACAGGAGAUAAGCACUUGCCAGGAGUAAACGAAGAGUCUUUUGAAUGGACCAGAAGUCAUUUGGACAGCAGUAAAGUUCAACAGUGUCGAUGUUUACAUCUUGACGAGGACAAAUCAAGCCCAAACUCUGAUCGAAAGGACUUAACUAAAACAAAAGAAUCACUUUGUGGAAUUUUGUUUUAUUGUUAUGUUUUUUGUUUGUUAUUCUUCGGUUCCAAUGCUCCUGCAGCUUAACUAGAGGGCCAAUGAGGUCCUGAAACAGAUAAACCGUGGAAAAUUAGCCUUGCUACCCCAGGAGGAAUACGGUUGUUCCCUGCAAAGAUAUCAUGUGAUUGCUCUCAAUAUAUGCGCCGCCCCUAGGCUCAUUGUAAAUGUUAUUUUUUGACUGUCACAUACAGAUUUAUAGAUCUUGUUUUAAUAGUACAAAACCGAUUUAUCAGUAUAGAAUAUCCAUUUUUAAACACCGUAUAAACUGAAAACUUCAGUUUUUAAUCUUCUAGGAAAGAAAACGUACAGUUAUCGACCUAGUCAAAACAGUCAGUUGAAUUGAUUGCAUGUGUAGCAACUCAGAGGAUGAACAGAGUGUGUGUGAAAUUCAAUGGCUACAAGUAGUUUUGUGAAAUAUAACAGCAAUGUAGCCUCACUGAGUGAUAAAUUAAGAAUACUUCGCACCUGUUGGAGAUUUUUCGUGAACAAAGAAGCGGAAAAGAGGAGCUUAGAAUAAAAAGUGAAAUGAGCCCAUAUCGCGUGUGUGCUGCGCGCAAUAUUUUCAGAGGUAGACAACCAAACUCCCUGAGAGGAAGCAUCUUAACGUAUCCUAGGUCUUGGACUGUAAAUUAUCUCGUAAAAAUAAAUCACCAUUUGUAAAUAUACACAAAUGAGAAUUAUAGCAGUCUAUAUGAUCUGAGAAGCCGAUAUUAACAAUGGGAAUCCUUAGGCGAAGUAAAAUAACAAAUACAAUACGAUAGGACGUCUACAUUAAAUCGAUAACUGGAAACCGUGAAAAAUUGUUCAGUGGGUAUAAAGAUUUUUAUUGGUCCGGAUUUAAAACUGCAUUUCCAGAACUGAAACUAGUUCUUUCAUCAAUAGCAAAGGGUUACACAUUCCAUAGUUUAGGUCAAAUCAAACACAAGUAAAAGGUUUGUGUUUAGAGUGACAAUAUAUUAAAAUACAAAAAGCUAUCGGCUGUUAGACGAGAAAGAAAAGGGAGUAAUGCGUUCAAGCCUGCAGUGGAAAGCGUCCUUUGAUAUUUUGCCUUCCUUAACCGCUCUUAAUAUUUCAAAUGUUACUAUUGUUAGG